AUGACGGCCAACGCUCCAUACAUGGCGGUCAACGACUUGAACGCCGAGCGCGACAAUGUAGCCUGGUACUGGCGACUAAUCGCUCUCAUGGCUUCCUGGAUGAUACUGGGAGGCUACCUCAUAAUACCACCGCUUUUCCACUCGGAUCCCAAGGAUAUACUCAAACCCAGCGAGAGCGUCGUCACCAUCUUUGUCGUCGCCCUGCUGGUCGCUGGCUAUGCCUUCACCGGGCUCUUGUGCUUCGCGUGCAAGUCUCUGGUCUUCCAAGCCGAGUCGGUGUUCCUCCCCUCCAUGGCCUCUUCCGCCCUCGGUCUUCUCACCGUCCUCUACUCGUUCCUCGCCUACAGCUACUUUCACUGGAACCGAUCCGCCGUUGCCGCGACCGUGCUAUCGGCUUGCAUGACCGCCGUAUAUGCGCUCCUGCUGCUAGUCACGAACCGACAGAUUGCGCGGCUACGGACGCAGCUGACAGGCCGUACGUCCACUACUUGGCAACACGAACAGCCAUGGUAUACCAACUACUUGGCCAACAUGUUUCCUUCCAUGCGAAACCCCGAUCAAUAUAGCUACGCCGGGCCGAUCGAUAACAGCCAUACAGAAUAUCAAGGCGGCAGCACCACCACAUACAAUUACCCCGUCACUGAGGAUGAGGGCAUGCGCCGUCAUCUGGCCAUGCUGCUUCGGCAACCGGAUAACCGACCCAGCCCGGACGCCAACCAGAGCACGUUCCAGCUCGUGCUGCCCGAUAAUGAGAGUGAUAAUGAGAACCUAAGCACUCCAAACGUACGCAGGGCCAGCCGACGAGACCACGUCAGCCUGUCCCAGCCUCUCCACCAUCCACUCCACCAGCCACUUCAGCAGCAAGUUCCACAGCCGCCGGCACAGCCGGGGAGGUCUCUCUGGCCCACACACGGGCGCAACAGAAGCAGUGCGGGUGUGUCAGCCGAAGGGUCCCGCGGUAGGACCGAUGUCCGCGGCGCGGGCGGCGAAAUCAGGGCGAAGAGCAGAGAGGAAAGGCGGCAGGAGAUUGAGAUGGGGCGCGUAUCGCGCUAA